UCACGUUGAAGUUGUUGGACCUGAAGAAGGCCUUAAACUGUUGAAUUUAGUGAUUUUGCUCUGUCAAGUCAUCUACUGUGUUCCGUUGUUGUGUUGCAGUGCUUGUGUUUAGAAAAAUAUAUUGCCUUAGCAUCUGCUGUUGACGUAAAGUUACGACAACGACGACGACGACGACAACGACGAGGACGAGGACGCGCCAAGACGACGCGGACGAAGGUGAGUUGCUGGUAGUAGUUGUCACAGGGAUACUGAGUCAGGGGAUACACAAUUCAAAGCAGAAUGGCUGGAGAACAACAGCAGUUCUUUCUCAAAUGGAAUGAUUUCCAGUCAAAUAUGGUAUCGUCCUUCAAACAUCUUCGAGAUGAAAAGAGUUUUACGGAUGUCACUUUAGCAUGUGAUGGACAGACCUGCAAGGCACACAAAAUGGUCCUUUCGGCGUGCAGUCCAUACUUCAAAUCACUGCUGGAAGAAAAUCCGUCCAAACACCCAAUUAUUAUAUUGAAAGAUGUUGCAUACCCUCAUCUCCAAGCUAUUUUAGAGUUUAUGUAUGCUGGUGAAGUGAACGUAUCACAGGACCAAUUACCAGCAUUUUUAAAAACAGCAGAUCGACUAAAAGUCAAGGGCUUGGCAGAAGCUCCUAAUGCCAUCAAAAGAGAAGGUUAACUGUUAGUGAUUAAUUUUGAUAUUUUGGAGGGUACGUGAAUUAUGCAAGAGUGUUGUAAAGUGAUUGCGUUAUAAAAACAACACAUAAAGAUACCAUAGAAAUUUUGAAAAUACUUGCACUAGAAUUACUGACCUCUGAUUCUUGAUUAGGAUUAAUACAACCAAUAUCAUUAUUAGAUAUGAAUACAUUUAAUAAGUUGCAAGUUGGAAAAAAUUUUAUUAUUCAAUUUCACUGUAUCAUUGUGCUGUUUGUUAAUGAUUGUCUUUCUUAGCUUAACCGAUUCCAUUAAUUGUAUUUUUGGGAAAGCUCUAUACAGACUUAAACUAUUUAUAAUAGUAGAAGUAAAGUUCACAUAGUGAAUCAAGUUUAUUGUAAAAAAACAUCGAAAGUCUCAUUUGAAGUUGCACAACGUGACAUAUUCAAAUAUUUAAGCAUUUAUUGCUUUUUCUUUAUUGGAUACCUUUUCUAUGUGAAAUUCACCCUUGAUUCCUGUGUUUUACAACUAAAUUUUCACCUAUUACUACAAACUUAUUAGAUUUCUGGUUUAUUGUUUAUGAAAAUUAAAGACGUUUUUAUUAUAAGUCAUAACGCCCUUAAUGCAAUAUUGCUUUUUUCUCUGUGAUCCUUCCUCCAUUGUACAAAAUUUAUCAAAAAAAUAAUAGAAUGCAAUGAAAUCUCUAAGCGUUAUGAUUUAUAGCAAUCAUGUCUUUACAUAACCAAAUACUGCCAGUAUGGUAAUUAUAUUGGCGUAUUCGUAUUAUUACCGAUAGACCAAAUUUAUUUAUGAUAAUAAUAUAUUAAAAGGUUGUUAGUCCUUAAUCGAGGAAAAUGGAUUAUUGUAUCAUAAAGUGAGCAAAUUUUGUAAAGCUGGAGCGCACAGUUCCUUUUCCUCUUCAUAAAAUACAGGACCAUUGUAGAAACAAAAUAAGAAAAAUGCAAAUAGAUAAGAAACGUGUUUGAUGAAAAAAAAAAAAUAAAGAAAAAAAAAAAUAAAUAAAAACAAAUAAAAGUUUGAAGAAGUGAAUAUCGGUUAAAGACGCACUGUCGAGUCUUACAAUAAAUUUACCGUAAUUUAGACUUGUAAUUAUUGUUUUUCGAUGAUAUUUUUUUGUAAAGUUCUAUAUC